AAUUACGUCACUUGGCGUCAGUUUUCCCGCGGUUCUGACUGUGUGAAGAGCUCUGUUGAGAGUUGACCGUUCGAGACUCGUGUUUAACCAUUCAAUUCCACAAUGACAGGCGUUUACGAAUCUCCAAAACACAGAAUCAAUGCAUCGAUGUUGUCGCAGUACAUUAGUCGAGCAGUCUGCUUCGUUGGACGCUUGGAAAAGGUCCAUCCAUCAGGAAAGGCUCUUACCCUGUCAGAUGGAGAAGGGAAGAUGGCAUCAGUGGAGCUCAAUGAUCCUUUGGAUGAAGAGCUGAGUGGGAUUGUGGAGAUUAUUGGCAUGGUGUCCAACAAAGGAACAAUCAUGGCUGUUUCAUAUAAUCCGUAUCGAGAAGACAAAAUCCCUUUUGAUUUGGAGCUGUACAAUGAAGCUCUUAAAGUCCUACAUGAUUAUCCACAGCAUUACCCUUUCGAGGUUCCUGUAAGCAGUUAAAACGGUCCAUGCAGCUUUCUUUUAUUUGCCUUUUUUCUUGUAUAAUUAGAUAUUUGCUAUUUGUAAAAUAUGUAAACGAUUUUGUUUUUGUUACUUGAAAUAAAACUUGUUAAA